GUUUUCUUCAUGUGAUGCUCUCUAUAAGCAUGCCGGUCAUGCUCUGACGUUCUCUAUGUGUAUAUUCCAUAAUAACAUACUGUAAUAUCAGUGUCAUAACUCGUUGGAAAGCACGGUCGACUUUGGAAUGAACGCAAACGUAUAUGGGAACAAAGGUAGCUAGGCGCGUAUUUGCGCGCCGGGUCGAGGCGUUCGGACGUCGUUGUUGUUGCCAUCCAAACGCGACCCAUGAGUGCCUCGACAUCGAAAGACACAGCGCCAGUCACUGACAAGCCAUUCACAUGGGGUCGAGUGUUGCUAUGCGGUGGGACCGACUGGCCUAGAUUAGGUCGCAAGUCAGCAAGCGCGAAGAAAGUUCACGAAGGGCCCAUCGGUCCAGACCUCCUAGAACCGCAUAUACUACGUUCCCUCGGAAAUAUCAAAGUCACGUCAAUACAUACUUCAUGCGCCGGGUGCCAUUGUGUCGCAUUGGAUGUUGAUGGGACUGCUUGGCUCUUUGGACGAAACGAACGUUCUGCAUUGGGCGCUUCAGGUGACGCGGUUUCGGAGAACGCACCCUUGAGAUUAACGGCACAAGACUUGGGGGCACCAAAGGGAACUACUUUUGUGGAUGCAGCGUGUGGAAGAAGUCAUACCAUAUUGGUCGGAAGCAAUGGCCAAUUUUGGGCCGCGGGAGAUAAUAAGAUGGGACAGUGCGCUCACCCUCCAUGCCCGGAAGUAUCAACCUUUAAGCUCGGACAUGCUCCCAAAGUCAAUGGAAAUAGGGAGGUUGUAGUCAAAGCAGCAGCUGGUAUCAGCUUUUCUCUUGUCUUGACAGAAAGCGGACGAGUGUUCGCUUUCGGAAGUGCCGAAAAGGGCCAACUGGGUAAUGGCAAGACUGGAGAACAUAUUGUCACUGGGGGGAAGGUUGUCUUCGAUGCUGAAUGGGAACCAAUUCCUGUGAGAGGGUUCGACAACAAGAAAAUCGUGGAGAUUGCAUGUGGGCAACAACAUAGUAUAGCCCGAGACGAAGAAGGCCUGGUCUAUGUGUGGGGCUACAACGGAUACUGCCGUCUGGGUCUGGGAAAUCAAAAAGAUACUUUGAUUCCGGAGAUUGUGCCACAUUUUUCCGGACCGAAUGAAAUAUUGAGAGCUGUCAAGGUAGUUGCAGGACCAUCAAACUCUGUCGUCAUUGACAAGCAAGGAAUGUACUGGAUGACUGGUAAAUGGAAGAAUACUGGUGAUGGCUCUUCUGGACAGCCUUGGUCGACAUUCCGCUACUUCCCCGAUCUUAUGGGACUCAAGAUCACGGAUGCCAGUUGUGGCGGAACUACGCACUUCGCACUAUGUCCCGACGAGGACGAUACCAUCAUGACUGUUGCAUUUGGUCAGGGUGCAACCAACGGCGAGCUUGGUCUGGGGCCGGACGAAGCGAAGAGCGCAACUAAGCCAACCAAGAUUCAACCAUUGUCUGGCAUCGAUGUUUUCCAAGUUGCGGCUGGACAAAACACUACGUUCUUCCUUGCUCACCCUAAUGAGAAAUUAUCGGACUUACCUCGCCACCCUGCUGACAUGGAACAGCCCGAGCUCUGUGUGGUCUGUAGUAAGGACAACGGGGAGGAUGACGCACCACUGGAAUGUGACAAGUGCGACAGUCCAUAUCAUCUCGGGUGCUUGGAUCCACCUUUGGACGCCAUUCCAGACGGCGAAUGGUUCUGCCCGGAUUGCGAGGAGGAUCCAGGAGCACCUGUUGUCCUAGGCUCAGGCAAGAAGAAGCUUGGCAAAGGCAAGCCCAAAGCCAAAGUGGCCGCUGAAGAAACUGAUGACGAAAACGUUGAGGAAGAGGAAGAGGAGUCUGGCAGGACUGGUCACAAGCGUAAAGCUGCUGGCAAAUCAGGUCCCGCGAAACGCAAGAAGUGAUCUCGCAAUAUUUAGAUCAGACACUUUGAAUACUGCCUUAUGCAUUAUGGACUCUGUCAUGCAUUGUCAGGACGUUUAUUGUAUAUAUGUUAUAUUUCACUCAUGUCCUAUGGGUCUUUUCAAUGUCGCGUAUUAUUAUGGUAUCAUUCACAACGACUUUUAACGUCACAGAUCUAAGCAAAAGUGAUAAAAGUCCGUCAACGCAACGUGAAAGAAUCCUUUUAAGAGUACAUCCCAAGCAUUGGUAUCCCAUCAUCCACGUACGCACGAACACAAGAGUUGAACUCUACGCG